CUGCGGCGCACGCACGCCUUCCGUCAUCAACUGAAGAUAGACCCGCCCGGUCAACGGAGACCGGUUGAUGUGUUUCAACGCGGACUUCCAGCGGAUUAGCUACUGACCCAGCCUAUUAAUAUAUGUCUCACCGCUGCCUUAAUCAGGACUUGUAACCGUUAGAAACCGUUCGGACACACCGUCCUCGAACCAGAAGUCCCUGGGUUUAGUCUCUCUCUGAGUCCUUCUGUGUCUUUGAGCAAGAAGCCAAACAGAACCACGACGGCCUCCAAGGGGCGCUGUUAUGUUGUUUGACCCUGCACUGUAACCCCAGAAUCCUUAUAUGCCAGGUCACCCAAAAAAAAAAAAUAAACAGGCAUUGCUUGCAUUGCUCUUAAUGGGCGUGUUGUUAGGAGAGAAGGGGGUGUUAUGAAUGGUAUGCUACACUUUGUUGUGUCAGUCAACUUGGUUUUAUUGCAAGCCACUGUAAAAUGGUCUCAGCCCUUCAUGGUGAACCCAGCUAUGCUGUGUGGAAAAAAAAUAUACCACCAGGUUAUUUGAGUUGUUCUCUCUUGCACUUUGUCUUUCUAAAAAAAAUUUAAAAGGUGGUAUCACCUUUCUCUCUACAGUCAAACCUGUCUUCAGUUGACACACUAAAAUUUCCUUCCUCAUAGUUCUGUAUACAUGUGCAAAUAGAGGUAGUAUUUAAUAUGUAAACAAUAACACUUUUGAGGAAUACCACUUUGAGGUUUAUUUUGAAUAUAAAUGAUAUCUGAUCGAUUCAAAGAGAAGUGGCUGCAAGGUGUGCCAGUAUUUAUAAAGAACAAUGCAGAUUUGAUAGAACCUGGAUAAUUCAAAUAGGGGAAAGGAGUAAAUGUGCUCGUAAGUAAUACAUCAAGCCUUUUUUGUAUUAUUCAAAGUAUACAGUUUUGUAUGUCUUAAAACAUUUCACAUCUACUCCUUUCCCCUAAUUGAAAACCCCAGAUUCUAAAAAUAUUUAACACAGAGAAACCUCUCUGUAAUAUUAAAACGUGUUCGUUGCCUAUCUGCUGUGUUUCUUUUAUUCUUUGUGGUUGAUCACAGUUUGUUUGAGAUAUGGGGAGAGGCUACUUAUUAAGCUCACUUCAAAGACUCCACCAUCCAGAGGACACACCUGGCUGUAAUUUGAGCUCGUUAGAUGAUCCAUGGUGGCAGACUUUAAAGGACAAACUGGCUUGUCCAUGUUUCAGCAAAGUUGGACUGACACCAAUUAAGCUUGAUUAAGCAACACACCUGUGUUCAAUGAUCUGUGCAGUGUGGCCUCCUGGAGCCUAUAAAUGGCAAAUCAACCACUACUGGACACCUCGUCUUCAAAUGUGGUGGCAUUGAUCAGAGAAGAUUGGAAAAGUUUGAGAAGGCUGCUGCACAGAUGGGGAAGAGUUCCUUCAAAUUUGCCUGGGUCUUGGACAAGCUGAAGGCUGAGAGGGAGCGUGGAAUCACCAUUGAUAUUUCACUGCUAAAGUUUAACACACAGAAGUACACAAUGACCAUAAUUGAUGCACCAGGCCAUCGUGACUUCAUCAAAAACAUGAUAACAGGGACAUCACAGGCUGAUGUUGCCCUCCUGGUGGUCUCUGCAGCUAAAGGAGAGUAUGAGGCUGGUGUAUCCAGAAGUGGGCAGACCAGAGAGCACGCCCUGCUGGCUUACACUUUGGGCGUCAAGCAAAUCAUUGUCUGUGUGAACAAAAUGGAUCUGACUGAACCCCCUUACAGCCAGAAACGCUUUGAUGAAGUGGUGCGAGGCGUGAGCGGCUUCCUCAAGAAGAUCGGCUAUGACCCCACGACUGUGCCUUUUGUUCCAGUGUCUGGCUGGACUGGGGAGAACAUGAUCACUGCUACCCAGAAGAUGCCCUGGUUCCAAGGCUGGAAAGUCAGACGAAGGGAGGGGAAUACAAGUGGAAGAACCCUGCUAGAGGUUCUGGACUCCAUUCAACCACCUGUGCGCACCAUCAACAAGCCUCUACGAUUACCUCUGCAAGAUGUCUACAAAAUUGGAGGAGUUGGGACUGUACCAGUGGGCAAGAUUGAAACCGGUGUCCUCAAACCUGGUAUGACCCUGAUGUUCUCCCCUGCCAAGCUCACUGCUGAGGUCAAAUCCAUUGAGAUGCACCACCAGGGUCUAGAGACCGCUCUACCAGGACACAAUGUUGGCUUCAACAUUAAGAAUGUAGCUGUAAAGAACCUGCGGCGAGGGGAUGUGGCUGGCAACGCCCAGCAGGAUCCUCCAUCAGAUGUCAACAGCUUUGAAGCUCAGGUGAUUAUCCUGAACCAUCCAGGGAAGGUCAAGGCCGGCUACUCUCCUGUCCUGGACUGCCACACCGCACAUGUGACCUGUCGCUUUGCUGAGCUCAAGGAGAAGCUUGACCGUCGCACAGGCAAGAAACUAGAGGACCAGCCACAGAUACUGAUGUCUGGAGAUGCUGCAACAGUCAAACUGGUUCCCAUUAAGCCCAUGUGUGUGGAGAGCUUCUUCACAUAUCCUCCUUUAGGUCGCUUUGCAGCCAGAGACCUGAAGCAGACGGUUGCUGUAGGUGUCAUCAAGUCAGUGGAGAAGGACCAUGGGUCAAAAGUUCCACACAAAGCCCAAGUGUGUAAAUAAGUUUGUUUUUGUUUACCAGUAUUGUGGUAUUACUGCUUUAUGUGAGCAAUUUUAUUUAGUAAGAUGCAAUUUUUGUGUUUUGACACAAAGCAUUUAUUUUGCGUUUGACGUAUAUAGUACUCCUGUGUUAAUAUUAAAUUUGAAAGAAGCUGUAGAGUUAGAUGGUGUAUUUUGGUUAGAAUGUGAAAUCAGAACUGUUGCAGUAACAACAAAAUAAAGAAUUGGAG